AUGGAAUCGCACGCAACAGUUACAGACGCCGGAAAGCGCCGGUCGGGAGGCUUCCUCGGUUUCGGUAGAAAGAAGGACAAGCCCAAGAUCGAAGAGGAAGACGAGAAAGCCCAGCGCCAGUCGUUCACCGUCUCUGGCCGCCCGUCUGGCGGCCCGCCGCCUGACCUCUCGCGUCCCAUGUCCCAGCCGCCUGGAGCGUUAGUCCAUCAGAACGGCAGAGUCGUCCAGCAACAACAACAACAGCAGCAGCAGCAGCAGCAGCGCAGCGACUUUGGCCCUGCACCACCACCCGGGCAUGCGCGCGCGCAGAGCCUCGGUGCGAACCAGGUGCUUGCAGGCCCGCCUGCAGCUCCUCGAGCGGUGGGACCCGAACCACCUCGCAAUACGCCGCCCGAGUCGCCUGCAUCCUUUGCAUCCAGCCCCAACAUUGACGGCAAGGACCCAAGCUUCCGCCAGUCAUUCGGGCCUGUCGUCGAGCUCAUCUCGUACCAGCCGCAGAAGACGUAUGUUUCGAGCCCUCCAGAACUCGAGAUGAUCUUUGCGCGCACGAGCGCCGGCCAGCAGCCGAGGCAAGGCGCGCCUGGCAGCCCCACCAACGACUGGGACGCCGUCUGGCUUCAGCUCGCCGGCACCUCACUCUCGAUGUGGUCAAUGAAGGAGACGCGCGCAGCUGCGGCUGCAGGCACCAAGGUCCCCCCCACGUACUUCAACAUCACUGAGUCGACGCUCGAGCUUCUCAGCCCCCUCCCUCCUCCCCCGCAUCGACCCGGCUCGCAUACGCACAAGCACGUCUUCUCGCUCAACACGGCCGGCUCGAACCGCUUGCUCUUCUCAUGCCCCACCGACAAAGACCUCGUUCGCUGGACCACCAGUCUGCGCCUCGCAGCGUGGGAGCGUUCACGCCUCGAGGAGAUCUACACUGGUCACCUCAUCCAGGCGGGCCGUCGCGAACCGCCACCACCUCUCCAGGCAGGUCACUUGGAGGGCUGGGUCCGCGUGCGCGUCAUGGGCGGCAUUGAGUGGCACCGUCUGUGGCUGGUCUUGUCCGAUCCCGUGGCGACAAGCUCCGAGACGACUGGCACACAGGGCAAGCGCCGUUCAACGUUCUUUGGCCUCGGUCACGAGAAGAACGAGCCAAUCCAGGAGCCCAACACGGGCGUCACCAUGGCGUCGUUCUACAACGAGCCCCGUACGUCCAAAAAUCGCACAUCGUCUUUUCCUGUCCUCACCGUCACCAACGUCACACAGACGUACGCCAUGUUCCCCGAGCGUCUCGAAGUCAUCUCCCAGUCCAACCUCAUGAAGGUUGUUGGCCGCGUAAGCGGCGAACUGGUCACCAUUGAGGGUGGCCUGCGCGAGUCUGGCUGGGCCAUGAUCAUGCCCGAGGCGCCUGGUGGCGACAACUCAACUGCAGCAAACAAGGGGUCGCCGCUAGGUAUCAUGAUGCGCUGGGUUACCGCGUUCCACGACGCAUUCAAGCUCUACGGCCGCCCGCAAAGGUACUCGUGGAACGAGAACGACCCCAGGAGUCUGUUCUUCGGCUAUCCGCGUGGCGAGUUCCGCGCCGACCUCUUCCUCAGCAUGGACGAGGCCAUGCGCGCCAACCAGCGCCUCAACACGCCGGCCAUUCGUGCCCAGUUUAUCAGUAUCCUCCAGCGCAGGAUGAGCUUGCACCCUGGAGUUGAGCAGGGCAGCGCUGCGCAGAUUGAGGACGAGGACCCCAAGAUUGCGCAGGAGCGUGCCUACAUGCGCCAGGCCCAGCAGGAGUCGGCUGCCACACACCAGGCCCAGCAGCAGCUGCAGCAGCUGCAGCAGCAGCAGCAAGACGAGUCUGAGCAGUCCUUCACCCUGCCGCCGCUUCAGUUCAGCGACGAGAACGACCGGGACUCUUGUCCAGGGACCACAGCUGCCGUGGCUGGAGCUGUUGCCGCUGGGACGCUGGCUGCCGCAGGCGCUGCCGCCAUGUUUCACGACGACCCGCGCGCACUCACCCCGAUCACAGAGUCGGACGCGUCGCGUCACAACUCGGCCCGCCGCCCGACGGAGGGGACUGCCACUGAGGUUGGCACUGCACUGGGGUCUCCUACACCCGCAUCCCGGACGACUCCUGCCAACAGCACGGCACCCCACGCGUACCAGCCUGAUGUGCCUCCUGGUCAGCAAGGAUGGGCCCAGAACCAGUCGCGCGCUCCUGUUCAGAAGGGCGACGUUGUUACUGGUGGCGCCGCUAUUGGCACUGUAGCCGCUAAUCCCACUGCCCCGUCUGUUCGGCCUGUCUCCAUGGCAACCUUCGGCAACCGCACGUCGAGUGACGAAAUUCCAUCCACUGCGGCCACGACGCCAGCCGUCACGUCGCCGAGCCGUGACGCCAGCACGCGCCAAGGAACCCUUCGCUCUGAGGACUCGCAGCCCACUGCUUGGUCGCAGUCCUCCGGUGUCACCCCACGGGCCACGAGCCCAAACGCGGUCAACGCGUCGUACAACUCGUCGUUCGUGAACGCCGCACCCUCGUCGCCGCCUGCGAACAGCGUGCCAAACGGGAUGACCACGCCGGUGCAACGGGACAGCCCCGCGCCGCCUCCCAUCGCCAAGAGCCCCGGCAUGAUGCUAAACGCUGCUGUCAGCGGCAAGCCGGAGGCCGUCAAGCCCACCCCUUCGCAGUUUGCUCAGCAACCGCCGCAGAAUGCUCAGUUGUUUGGCUCUGGUCCACAGGCAAACCAGCCCCAGUUCGUCAACCAGCCCUCGUCGCCGCCCGUCGCUGCCCAUCCUCCUCCUGCAGCAGCGACGUCGCAGUCGAGCCACAGCCACUCCAAGUCGAGCCACGCCACGAUCCCUGCCGUUGCUGCGGGCGCCGCUGCUGCCGGUGCAGCCGCCCUUGGUGCCCAGACCUUUGCGAGCCAGAGCCCACCGCGUCACAGCCCACCAUCGGAUGGCACCCUCCACCAGCCCAAGCCGUCGCGCUCGCAGCGGAUGUCCAUGACUGAGGUGCCGGGCUUGCGAGAGGAGCCUGCGGCAAUGUACCUCAUGAACAUGGUCGAGGAGCCUGCUCUCCCCGCAGGUCUUCAGGGCAACAAGGUCGCCCCCGCCCAAGGCCCCACCGCCCAAGGCCCCACCGCCCAAGGCCCCAUCACCGCCGCUGUCGUGGCACCCGCCGUCGCAAAUGCUCCUCCUCACAACAUGUCGCCUGUCAGACAGGCUCCUGCGCCCGCUCAAGCGCCGGCCUCGCCUAGGGGGGUAGUACCUCCCCCGGCUGCUGCACCUGCCGAGCCAGCGACGGUAUCAACCCCUGCGGCCGCUCCGCACAUGUCUCCACCUCCCAACUUCUCGAACCCCCCUGCACCUGCCAACGGGCCGAUGGCAAACUCUUUGCUUGCGAGCCCGCCGCCGCCGCCGCCGAAGGCUUCCCCGCCAGCCAACACAUCUGCCAACUUCGCGUCGACCGCGGUUUAUGUGGCAGGUGCCGGUGCCGAUGCUGUCGCGCUUGGUGCCGCUGCCGCUCACCACUUGCGGUCCCCUCCCGCCAGGGAGCCGUCGCCCCCGCUUUCCCCUAUUUCAGUUGGCUCGGACAAGCCGUCGCGCCCUGCUGUUGUGACAGCGUUAGACCCGCAGCAGUACCACAGCCGCACAGGUGUUCAACGUAAGCCAUCUGGCGCGCGUGCACAGCAGCAGCCUCUGAGUGCGGUGCGAAGCGGUAGUGGAGGGUCUGGCGAAAUCGUCAAUGCGAUUCAGGGGCGGGUGGAUGGUGGUCAGGUUGCACACAACGCCACCUCGCCAGGCACGGCUGACGACCACCCGAUCGACAACCGGGUCUUGCCUUCUCCUCCUGCCAUCACCUCUACCACUUCGCCAACUACUCGUGCUCUCAACAACGUCAACGCGUCCUCCAAGAUGCACGACUUUGCUCCAGACACGGCCGCCUUCCUCGCCUACGCAGACGAGUCGCCCGUGCUACCUGCGCAAGGCCGUCCCCAGCUCCCUUCACCGCCUCAGCCCGCUCAGGAAGCCCGGUCGUCGUUCGCACCGUCCAAGCAGGCGACCGAGCGUCGUGCUAAGGCCGAGGCCGCAGCUGCCGAGCACCAGCGUGCGUUGAACGUCCCCGGCGCUGGCAGACAGAAGGCUGCCCAGAAGCCUGACAACUGGGACGGUAGUGACACGGACGAGAGUGAGGACGAUGAGGACGCAGCGGUCCCUGCACAGGAGCGACGCGGAUCGCGUGCCUUGCCAUCGCUCCCUCAGCCCCCAACGAUCCAGCAGCCGGCGUAUCAGCCCCAGCAGCCGCAACAGUUCAAGCAGCAGCCACAGCUCAACCAGCAGCAGUUCAACCAACAGCAGUUCCACCAGCAGCAGCAGUUCUAUGGCGGGCCUGGCGGACCAGCCAACGGCGACCGCUUUGAGCCUCCCAACAUGAACAACCUCUCGAUCAAUGACCCUCGCUAUGACCGUCCCCGCUCCCGCUCCCCGCCUGCUCCCCAUCGCCACCUUCCUCCGCAGCCGCCGCAGCUUCCGCAGGAGAUUGAGAUGCCGCGCCAGCAGCAGCAGCGUGCUGCUCCCUUGCCCCAGCCACCUGUGGCCAAGACCAACGUGUGGAAUGCCAACUUUGAGGUCGAGCACGGUAUGGACCGCAAGGGCACGUUCGUCGAGCUCGAGGAGCCUCAGGUCGCUCUCACAAAGGCGUUCACACCGGGCGGUCUCAUCCAAGCGGGCAUGCAGGACAAGCGCGACCGCUCCGCCAAGCGCCAGGAGGAGGUCGCGCGUGAGACUGGAUCGGCACUUGUCAACGUGCCGGAGCCUCCUCCCCCUCCUCAAACGGGUCUCGUCGGCGCUGUGGCCGCUCACGAGCGUGACCGCAAGAACGCCGGUGGCAUUGGCGCCACGCUCACGGACCGCGAUCGUGAGCGACGCCUCGCUGAGGAGCGCCAGCGUAAGAUCGACGAGCUGCAGCGCCAGCAGAUGGAGCACAUGCAGCACCAGUACACUGGCGGUGCCAUGUUCCAGGGCCAGUUCCCUGGGUACGGCUACGGUAUGCCACCCAUGGGCUACAACCCGUACGGCAUGCCAAUGAACCCAGCAGCGCAGCAGCAAGCGAUGAUGGCCGCGCAGAUGGCGUACCAGCAGACGAUGAUGGCCAUGUCGCAAGCGGGCUCGCAAGCUGGUGACGCCCCGGACGGUCGUAUGUCGCCGCAGAGCCAGAUUCGCAUGUCGCCCCCGCCAUUCCAGAUGGGCCAGAUGGGCCAGAUGCCCGGCAUGGGCUUCCCUGGCUAUGGCAUGCCACCGACCCAGAGCAUGUAUGGUGGCUUCCCUGGCUACGGCAUGCCGGGCAUGGGCUCGCCCUCGGCGUGGGGCGGCUCGCCGGCUCACUACCCACAGGGUCUUGCACCCGGAAACGGUGGCCACAGCCCCGUCGGCGGCUCGUACCCGAGCUCUGAGCGGGGUGAGGAACGCCAGGCCCGCUAG